AUGGGUACCUCCAUGUUCGGUGUAUUUGUGGGCAUUGCCGCUGUCACACUGUGCUCUGCUUUGAAUUCCUACAUUGUUACAAUGCCUGAAACUAUCCGCCCAAACCUCGAUACCAGAGUCUAUGUUCACAUCUUAAAAUCUGAAGGUCCAGUCGACGUCACCGUAACACUACAGAGAAGCGAUAACAACAAUGCGACAGUGUCACAGAGCUCAAAAACAAUCCUACCAUCAAACGAUCCAAGUAAAAACGGCGUAUCCACAUUAAUUGACAUCCGGGUACCCAGUCAUCUGAUGGAGGGAGAGUAUGCCAUGAAAGUUGAGGGAACUGGCGGCCUGACCUUCGCCAACUGGACGGAACUCAAGUUUGACAAAAAGAGUUCCUCUAUCCUUGUCCAGACCGACAGAGCAAUAUACAAACCCGGCCAGACAGUGAGAUUUCGAAUCUUUGGAAUGUUACCAGACCUGACAUUAUUAGAAAAGCCCAUCGAUGUUUCAAUUGUUGACCCUAAGAGGAACAAGAUACAGCAAUGGAAAGGUUUAAGUGACCCUAGUGGGGUCAUCACAGAGUCCAUGGUGAUGUCAGACUUUCCCGUGCUCGGUGACUGGGUGAUCAAAGUCAAUCAAGGGGUUGAAAGUAGGGAAAAGACAUUCACAGUUGCUGAAUAUGUGUUGCCAAAGUUUGAAGUGAAAGUUAUCCUCCCACCUUUUGGAGUAACAACUGACGACACCUUAACUGUGAAAAUAUCUUCGAUGUAUACGUUCGGGAAGCCAGUAAGAGGUUCGGGUGUGUUCCGCAUCAAAAGGAAAUACACCAGCUGGUGGUUACAAAAAGAUAAAAACUACGUGGAGAGCAUCGAUCAUCACUUCAAAAUCAAUGGUGAUUAUGAAACCAAAAUAGCCCUAAGUGAAAUCCGAAAGAUCGACUCUAGUCUGGAGUGGACUCAAUUUGUAGUUGAGGCUAAUGUUACUGAAGGAAUCACAGGUCUGAGGAUGAACGACAGUGAGGAAAUAAUGUUCUACAACAGCCCUGACAAAAUCAGCUUUGCUGAAUCUCUUCCUACUACGUUCAAACCUGGACUCAAGUAUACUGCCAUUGUACGAGUAACCCAAAGAGAUGACAGCCCUAUUCCCAACACAUUGACACGUGUUAACGUCUCAAUAAGCUACCAGUUUCCGCUUCCAAUGGAAACCACCACACCCAUUAUUAGCACUACGGAAGCGAUUCUUCCACCUUCGCCACCACCACCCACACGAAGUAUUGAUAUAGAUAUGAAUACCACAGAGACGUUUAAUACUUCUGUCCUGAAUUUGAAUGAUACCGACAUCCCUCCGCUAGAACUUAUUCCUAGACCGGAAAUAAUGGAUGUUUGGCCGCCAUUUGAACGCCAUGUCUACCCACGGUAUGAGACAGUUCAUGAAGAGCCGCGUUAUUUCAACGUACCUGCUGACGGACUGAUUCACUUUGAUGUUAUGGUACCUGAAAACGCCACAUCCGUCAGUAUCAUUGCUGAGUACAAGAAGGAAAAGGACUAUAAAGAUCUCAGCUUGAGUGAGUCACCGUCAAAGAGCUAUGUUCAAGUCAGUCUACUAACAGACAAACUAAAGCCAGGGACAAAUGCCGUGUUUGAAAUCAAAACUACACAGAGUGUUCCAGAAGCUCGAUACCAGAUAAUAUCUAAAGGAAUGGUUCUGGAUGCUGGAACGUUCGAUAUGCGAGGUCAGACUCGGGGAGAAUUUCCCUUGAUGAUAACAGCUGAUAUGGCGCCGAAGGCAAGAAUGAUUGUACAGUACGUAAGAGACGACGGAGAAAUUGUCGCUGACGGAAUCACAUUUAAAGUUGAUGGGGUCUUCAAAAAUCCUGUAGCUAUCAAUUUUGAUAGGAAGUCGGCAAAACCAGGAGAAUCAGUUCGUGUCGAUCUCGAAGCCUCUCCCAACUCUCAAGUGAAUGUACUGGCCGUAGACAAAAGUGUGCUUCUGUUGAAAACAGGCAACGAUAUUACAGAGGAUGAGGUUACCCAGGAACUACAGUCCUAUGACAACGCAGGGGGUGGCAAUUUUCCCUGGUUCUGGAGUUGGCGAUGGCCUGUCUCGAGUGGAGGGCAGGAUGCAGCUGAUGUUUUCAAAAACAAUGGUAUUAAAGUGCUGACAGACGCUUUACUUUAUCAGAAACCAAACGAAUGGGACGGACGGUAUGAUAACAUGCCAAUGAUGGCCUUCGGAGCUAUGGCCAUGAUGGAUUCUCCCGUAGAUAUGGAUCUGCAAUCAGCACCAAUGGAGAAGUCAGGGGUCAAGCCGAAAGAAUCGAAACUGGCAAAACCGACGCGUGUUCGCAAGAAGUUUCCAGAAACAUGGCUUUGGGAAAACGUUCAAUUGGGAAACAAUGGCCAGACAGAACUCACAGUUACUGUCCCCGAUACUAUCACGUCCUGGGUGGCCACCGCUUUUGCCGUUAAUAAGGAUACCGGUCUUGGACUCGCUCCGAGCCCAUCAAACCUAGAAGUGUUCAUGCCAUUCUUUAUCCGGAUGAAUCUCCCGUAUUCUGUUGUUAGAGGAGAGUUACUCGUCCUUCAAGUCGAUGUAUUUAAUUACCGUAGACCGGCAUGGACUCUCGUCGUCAUGGAGAAUAAUCCUGACAUAAACAAUGUGGUAUCCACUCAAUCAGGGUGGACAGACUACUCCACCAGGGUCGGCAGGUGGAUGUGGGUUGAAAGUGGAAAGGUUGCUUCUGCAUUUUUCCCCAUUAUACCUAGGAAAGUUGGAGAUCUCCAAAUCAAAAUCAACGCUUUUGGAUUGAAAUUUUCUGACUCGGUGGAGAGAAAACUACGUGUGGAGCCUGAGGGAACCCCAGAAGAGUUUAACAACCCAGUACUUAUUGACCUUGCCUCUGCUGCUAACUUUAAGACAAGAAUUCCUAUUGACUUCCCACCAAAUGCUGUGGAUGGUUCCAAGCGCGUGCGGGCUGCUGUUAUUGGUGAUGUCAUGGGACCCUCUAUAAAUGGAAUAGAAAAACUCCUGAAGAUGCCCUAUGGAUGUGGUGAACAGAAUAUGUUGAAUUUUGCUCCUAACAUUUUCGUCCGACGUUAUCUGACUAUCACAAAUAAACUGACACCGGCCAUUGAUGCUAAAUCAAAGGAGUAUAUGAUAAAAGGUUACCAAAGAGAAAUGACAUAUCAGCACAAAGACGGCUCAUUUAGUGCUUUUGGUGAAAGUGACAAAUCUGGGACUACGUGGUUGACGGCUUUUGUUGUGAAAUCGUUCGCCGAAGCAUCUGACAUGAUCAAUAUAGAUAACGAUGCGGUCGUGAAGGCUGUCCAAUGGCUUGUUGAUCAACAAAAUAUUAAUGGAACAUUCAACGAACCUGGGAAAGUGCUUCACAAGGCUAUGCAGGGCGGUUCUGCUUCUGGUGAAUCCUCACUGACGGCAUUCGUGCUAAUUGCAUUGACAGAAGCAGCCGGGGUUAUCCCAGGGGUAAACGAGACGACCGCGAAGGCCAGAGCUCUUGCUUUAGGAUUCCUGGAGGACGAAGUAGAAGCGAUGGCGAUGUCACCUUUGAACGUGGAUGUGUACGAGUUGGCCAUUAUUGGGUAUGCGCUGUCUCUGUCAGGCAGUGCUAAAGUGGAGAAAGCCAUGGUACCGAUAGUAAUGAAUGCAGUACAAGAGGAUGGAACAAUGCAUUGGACAAGACCAGAAGAAGAACCACAAGCUGUCUUCAAUAGGUGGCGCCCAUCACACAUACAAUCUAACGGAAUAGACAUAGAGCUCACGUCCUAUAUUAUGAUGAUAUACACUCGAACACCUGACACAGAAAACGCGUUACAGAUAUUAAAAUGGCUCUCAGCUCAGAGAAAUCCAGAAGGUGGUUUUUCGUCCACACAGGACACUAUUAUAGCACUGCAAUCCCUAGCUGAUCUUGCAGUCUUAAUCUACAAACCAGAAUUUAACAUGAGAGUCCAGCUGAAAAAUGUCGAAACACAAGAUAUCUUCCAUGAAUUUCAAGUGUCACCAGAAAACGCUCUUAUUUUUCAAACUACUGACAUACCAGAAAGUUUGCGGUUGGUAGAGAUCUCAGCGGAAGGAGUAGGAAUGGCUGUUGUCGAGGUCGCCACCUACUUCAAUGUGAUAGAUGAUUUGAAAGUGAAGUCUUUUGACGUGAACGUGACAUUAAAAGAGGAGAGUAUGACAGGAUUUGUUGUAGAAGUCUGUGGACGAUGGAUGAAGAAGGGUGCCAGUGGCAUGUCUAUUAUAGAAAUUGGUUACCCCAGUGGUAUGGAACCGGAUGGAGAUACACUUGAUACUACAAGAGCACCAGAUUACAAACGCAUGGAGAAAGCAGCUAGAGGAUUAGUUCUAUACUUUGAUGAGUUUAAUUCAGAGCCACAGUGUGUUAGUGUUUACAUGAUGAGAACCGACAUGGUCGCAGAACAGAAGCCUGCUCCGAUUAAGAUAUACGAUUACUACGACACCAGUAAGCAAUCCACUACAUUCUACGUGUCUGAAGUUCUGGCCAACUCUGGUGUAUGUGAUGUCUGUAAAGACUGUUUCUGUAGACGGAAUGGAAACCCAUAGAUGUAAAUCAGGGACCUGACCACACUUUCAAAACGAUGUUUUUGUAAUGCGAACCUUAACAGACGACACGGAGAAACAAGUUAUGACACAAAGUGCCAUUCUUUUGUAUAAAAUCUUA